AUGAGCCGAGUCAAGUAUAGCUUCAUUUCCCUGAUGGUGUUGAACGGAGGACCGCAACUAUCCUCCAUUGCCAUUAUACUUGCAGCUACUUGCUCCCAAAAGCAAACCUUGACAUAUCGUAAGGCAGUUGAAGCUUAUAUGCGGCCUAUCUAUGCUGCACAAAGUAGCUUAGCGAAUAGUGUAACAAUGCCCACAUUGUCAAAGAACUCAUCAACGUCCACCUUUGAGGCUGAUUACCUUACCUUUCCGUACGACAAACAGGAACAUGCGCUCCUCACAAAGCCACCAAUUAUGGCAACUUCGCAAUCUAAACCACCAAACGAUAUGAACGAGCCAUGGAAGGUGAUAGCGGGCAAGCAGCUUCGUUCCAAGCUUAUACCUGAAAGUGGAGAUGCAGGACACAAGCAAUUUCUCCCGUUGGGCGACCUGGACUCCAUCUUAUCCCGAGAGUCGAUAGCCAGCAUAUUAGGGGAAUUACCCGAUUGUGGCAGUGAGAUGGCAGAAGCCAUGUGCUCAGAGAUACGGGGAGAGGGGUGCGAACCAAGCCUCAAAAUACUCGCAACCCUCAUCAUGAUAGAGAGGGUCGAGCAUAUUAUCGUAUUCCUUGAGCUUGGCAUACGGGACGACAAGUUGCCAUUGCCGCUCGAUCAUCAGGCCGAGAUUUUCUGGAACUGGAGCGCGCACGAGAUCGAGACCUUCUGCGAGAAGCAGUACGUGGUAAUUGCACCUGUUUUUGACUUCAGGGCAAUAAAGCAUGUCGAAUGGAAGAAGAACUUUCGCAUGCCCUUCUUAGAAAAGCUGGAGUGGAAAAGGAGCGGAGCGCAUGGGGAAAUCGCCCAGAUCAGGAUACAUCCCGACCAUCAAGUCUUGGAAAACGAUUUGAAUCUCGGUUCUAAAACCCGUCGGUUGGCUUUGAAGAGAUUCAAAGUUCAAGUCCAGUAUCACGAAUUUAAACAAGAAAGAGAUGCCCUGAUACGAUUUCGCAGUGCAGAAAAUGAACACAAGAAUCUUAUCAAGUUGCUACUAUCGUAUAGCAGAGGUGGCAAACACUACCUCGUCUUUCCCUGGGCACAGGGAAAUCUCGUGGAGUUCUGGAAGAAUACCUUCAACAACCCCAAGUCAGGACGCCAUUCGAUGUGGCUCAUUCAACAAUGCUUCGAUAUCUCGGAUGCGUUGACCAAAGUCCAUGGUAGCACCGAGCGGUUGUCAGAAGAAGCACGGGCGGGAAUGUUAGGCCGACAUGGAGACAUCAAACCCGAGAACAUUCUCUAUUUUGGCGAACCUGACUCUGGUGAAUGUUACUUGGUUGUUGCAGACUUCACCUUGAUGCGCUUUCACUCCACGGAUACUGUUCACUACACCGACGCGACCCGGGUGGACUUUUCGAGAACAUAUCGCCCCCCCGAGGUCAUGCAGGCAUCAAAGGUACGCAUCGAUCAGAGCUACGACGUAUGGACUCUAGGAUGUGUCUACUUGGAAUUCGUCACAUGGUAUCUGAUCGGUUACCACGCAAUUCGCGAGGAAAACUUCGGCUCUCCGACUGGGGAUUUGUUGGAUAAUUUCCAAGCACUGAGGAAACGAGAGGAGGGUAAUUAUGAGGUCUCAGAUGAUAAGUUCUUCUACUAUUAUGCUGGUUAUCCCAAGGUCAAACACUCUGUCAGACAGUUGAACCCCAGUAGUGGAUCAGGAUGCUACACCGAAACGAACAUUGCUCAAAUGCUAUGCAUGAUUUCCUUUCGCUCAUCGAGAAUCAUAUGUUGGUUCCACUGCCGAGCAAGCGGUAUAGUCGUCUCUGAGAUAUUGCACCGAGGCAGAGCUACCUGUGUCUUUGCGGCUGGCGUCUGCGGGUUCGAGCUCUCACUCCUCUGA